AUGGAUUAUCGUUAUCAAAGAUAUCUAAGAUGCAUGGAGGUAAUGCCUGAGCCCGUAGGUACUUCUAGUCCUAUUUAUGGCAGAGGUAUUAUCAAUUCUAUGAUUAAUAAUUUACCAUUUGAAAUGCAUAUGCCUGGCUACAAUUAUUUAGGUCCUGGUACCAAGCUUGAAAAGAGAUUGAAUGCAGGCAGCCAACCAACAAAUAAACUUGAUGAAUUAGCUAUGAAUCACGAUAUAGCGUAUUCAAAGUCUAAAAAUUUGGAUGAUCGUCAUGCUGCUGAUUAUGAUUUACAAGAAGGAGCUUGGAAACGUGUGUUGGCAGAUGAUGCAGGGUUGGGAGAAAAAGCAGUAGCAUGGUUAACAACUAAUGCCAUGAAAGCUAAAAGAGCUUUAGGUGCUGGCUUGCUAACAAAGUACCCUGUAUCUCUGGAACCAGCAGAGCAAGAAAAACUUGCAGCAGCUGUACAGGCACAGAAAGGUGUUUCCUUAAAAGUUAGUACUAUACGUACCAAAGAAUCUGUGAUGAGUGAGUCCUACUUACCACUAACAAAAAGUCAGAUUGCAAAUCUUAAAAAAGGUGGCAGUGGUAAGAAAACCAUUAGAUUAUCAGCUGCUCAGGUUGAAAAGGUCAAGUCUGGAGGUUACCUUAAAACAAUGCUUCAGUAUGGUCCUGCAGCCAUAGGUGCUGUUUCUGCUCUUGUUGAUCUUUUCAAAAGUAAGGAAAAAGAUGGCAAAGGUGUUUACAUCAACAAGAAACCUAGAGGUUCAGGAGUUUACAUUAAUAAAAAACCAAAAAGUGGUGAAGGUGUUUACAUUAAUAAGAAACCUAAAGGUUCAGGUGUUUACAUCAAUAAAAAACCAAAAAGUGGUGAAGGUGUUUACAUUAACAAGAAACCUAAAGGUAAUGGUCUUUUGGAUGAACUUCUAAAAAAAAAAAAGCUACUCCAUUGAAUAAUUUGGAAUUGACAGAGUAUGCCAUUCAAUUAAAAAUACCUUUCUUUAGAGGUGUAUUCAUGCGUGAUAAGUUACCAACAAAAAUUUUAAAUAAUGAAUCUGCUAUUGUGAAUUUAGAUUCAAGCUCUGGUCCAGGUACUCAUUGGGUUGCAUAUGUGAAACGUGGUCAAAAUGUAGAAUAUUAUGACUCUUUUGGUGUUGCCCCACCAGCUGAACUACUUGUUUACUUUGGAAAGAAAGCCAAGGUAAUUUAUAAUUAUGAGCAAGAUCAAAAAUUAAGUCAAGUCAUUUGUGGUCAUUUGUGUUUGAAGUUUCUACAUAAAUACAUAUGAUUUCAAAACUUUGAUAUUUGAAAAAUGGAUUUAGCUCUUGAAUUGCACAAACCUGUGAUUAAAAAAUUUAAAACGCGCCAAAUCAUCACCAAAGGUAUUGAUCACAUUUGGCAAGCUGAUUUAUUAAUCAUGACACAGUAUAAAAAAGAAAAUGAUGGCUACACCAAUAUUCUGAAUGUUAUAGACUGUUUUAGCAAAUAUGCUUGGUGUAUACCUCUGAAAUCAAAGUCUGCCAAAGAUGUUACUGAAGCAUUUCGAAAAAUACUCAAGGCCAAAAGACCUAAUCGAAAACCUAAAUUGCUGCAUAUUGAUCGUGGUAAAGAAUUUGUAAAUUCUACUUUCAAAAAAUUGUUGAAGGAAUAUAACAUUACCAUGUACCAUACAUUCACUGAGAUCAAAGCAGCCAUGGUAGAAAGAUUUAACAGAACAUUAAAUGAGAAAAUGAAGCUACAUUUCGAAGUUAACCAAAAUCAUCAUUGGAUAAAAAUUCUACCAAAGCUUGUUAACGAAUAUAAUAAACACGACAUACAUAGAUCUAUAGGUAUGACUCCUGCUUCUGUUACAACAAAAACAGAACCAGUAGUUUAUCAACGUUUGUACGGGUUAAAAAAAUUUAAAUUACCAAAACCUACACUUAAAAUAGGCGAUCGUGUUCGAAUAAUUGCUUACAGAUAUACAUUUGCAAAUAAGUACUCGAGAAGAUGGACAAAAGAAAUUUUUAUAAUUGAUAAGGUACACUAUACAGUACCCAUAACAUAUACCAUAACAGCUUUGGAUGGUGAAAUAAUCAGUGGAAAGUUUUACACUCAAGAGUUACAAAAAACAAAAUUUUAACUAUAAAUAGAGGUAUGGAUGCUGCUACUGCUCAUUAUUAAAAUGGGUUCGGUACAGAUACCUUCUGUUCUACGUGCUGCUGUAUUAGGAUCUGUUGAUAGAGAGAUUCAGGAAAAUGUGCUGCAAAAAAUAUUGAGAUUCAAAAAAUACUAUGGCCAGAUCUUCAUAUGUUCUACAAAACCAAAUAUUUUCAAUUUGGACCAAAAUGUGUUGACUUUCACCGAUAUAGGAGACUUACCAAAACCACUGCCACCAAAUUCAGUGGUAAUUCUGGAAAAUAUAGCUGCUUGUAAAUCUCUUAAGCGUCUCAUUAAACAACAGAAUGUUUCCUGCAUUUACUUGUGCAAAACGUACAGAGAAUUACCUUCAGAUCUAAGUUGGCCUCUCAAUUAUGCAGUUCUAUUCCAACAGUCUGAAACUGAUAUUGCACAGUUUCAUUCUGAACAAAUUUUUGGUAUGUCCUCUGCUUUAUUUGCAGAUCUGUGUGAAUUUGUUUGGGAUUCCCCUUCUUCAGAAAAAGAUUAUCUGGUAGUUGAUAUUUCCAAGUGGAUAUAUAUGAAAAAUUUCAGGUUUUCGGUUAGGCUUCCUGCGCAUGCGCAAAUCAUACCAAAAAAAGUAUAAAUACAACCACACUAACAGUUGGUCGUCAUUACAUCUCUAGCAACCAUGGCGAACACAUCUCGUUUUCGUGCUAUCAUCAUGGCUAUUGUAGAAUUAUUCUUGUUAUGCGUACGACUCUUCAGACGUUCUCAUAAUAUAGAUAUUCAAGAGCUGCAUCCGUUCGAUUGGGAAGCUGGUGGUGAUUAUUGUUGUCUGAAGCAUUGUUUCAAUACUGCUAUGAUUACUACUGUUGUUGAUGGUCUAGCUUGUCGGGUGUGUGGUUCUUUUUGCAUCUGCUACUGCAAAUGUGUAACCUAUAUGGAGUGGCUUCAUCGAAAGAAAUUACAACAACGUCUCAUUGAAGAAGAACUGAAGAGAAGACGUAAACACCCUGAAUGCCCAAACUGCAAAUGCUAUCCCAAACAUCUAUAAAAGACACUACACUGGCUAUUGUCCUUAAUUCCAAUAUUCCAUUUCGAUUUUGAUUCUGAAGCUGAAGAUUAGCACUGUGUACCAAGUUAUCCCCACCACAACAAAAAAAAAACCCUUUUCAGGGCUAUAAAUACAAGUACAAUAACAUCUGAAGCUCAUUUAUGAUCAUGGCUUUUGUACCGACAACACGUUGCAGUUCCUGCAUGCCUCUGUAUCAACCAAGUUCGUUACUACUUUUGUGUGGUAAUAAAAUUAUUGAUUGUAUCGAGUCAGUAGAGGAUAUCAAUUCUUUACAUCUACCAAAUACAUUAAAAAGUCAACUGGAAGAGUUGGUUCCAGAAGUAAGUUCAGAAUCAGACUGUCUGGGGUGUGGUAGCAGCUCGGAAGACAGUGAUGAUGGUGGUUGUUGUGGCGGUGGGGGUGGUAUUGGUGGGGGUUAUUUUGCAUGCAAUCUUUGUUAUGCAGACAAACGUUCAGAUUGUGACUGUUCAGUUUGCCCUCGUUGUCGUAGGAAAACACCAGAGUAUAAGGUAGCCUAUGAAAACGGAUACUGUAACAGGUGUGAUUGCAAAUGCUGUAAAUUUUGCAAGUGGUGUAAGCGAAAAUUCUGCACAAUUUCCUAUACUUGUGCUAGCGAUUACUGUGUCUUAUGCCACUACUGCCUCCCCCACCCUUGCAAAUACCCAAAGGCCUAGUCAUAAAUACGAGUGUUUAGUCACUUACAAGUCAUUCUUAAUUAGUAUGCCAAACUUAGUAGAACUAGCUUCAAUGACUUCACUAGUGCAAAUUGAUUGUGCAGCUAGUCCUGUUAAAAUAACCUACCAUCCAAUGGCUCUUCAACUGCAAGCUGCAGAUAAAAUAAUCGACAACAUUAACUCGCUAUUGAAAAUAUUACAACUACCACUGCCCAAUAUUAUAAUUGAGCACUUGAUAGAAUUAUACAUCAAGUACCAUGAUGCAGGCUACUUCAGUAUGGAUGAAGAAGACAACGAUUCCGAUUAGUUCCACAAAUUACCCCCACCACUUUCAGAAAUGUAUAAGUAGAGCUACACCAACAUCUCAGAGUCAUUAUACAUCUGACACUCAUACACGAUGGACGUCUCUAUCAAGAACUUUAAUGAUGUCAACGAGAAGAAGCCCUUUGAAAAAUUUACCAACUUUACCAUUGGUACUACUUUCAAUGUUAAAACGUUUUUCAAAUGCAAAACUGUCUACGGACAAUCAGUUGUUGUCGAGACAGAUGAAUAUCUGUUUCACUUACCUUCUCGAUAUACUCACCUAUUCGAUACAGAUGAGAAGUUGCAGGCUUGGAAAGAAGAAAAAAAUCUUCGCAUCACUUACACAGAUCUGCGUGGAAAAUCAGUAUUCUUAACGUUACACCAAUCUUCUUAAGUUUAUAAGUUUGUUAAUUUUUAUAAUUGUAAAAAUAUAAAAUGUAAAAAAAAAUAUAAAGAAUAAAAAAAUAUAAAAAAAAUAUAAAAAAUAAAAAAUGUAAAAAAAAUAUAAAAAAUAAAAAUGCAAAAAAAAAAUUUGAAAAAAAAAAAAAAAAAAAAAAAAAGUAGACGGGACACUUUGGGUUGGCGCCGGAAAGUCUAGGACCCCCAAAGUGACCCGCCUACUACUCAUCUCAUCUAAUUCGUAAAAUUCGGUGAAAAAUUCGAAAUAUUUUAUUAUACUUAUAUUCUACUUUAUAAAAAAUUAAAAAUAUACAGAAAGACAAAACUUUUAAAGUAAAAAAAAAAGAGAAGAAAACGCAGAAAAAUCCAGUGGGUAGUUCUUCUUUUUAUUCAGCAUUCUUGCAAUUUUUUACUUGAAACAGAUGAUAUGUGGGUAUCUCAAAUAAAAUAAUUGAAUUCUUUUCAACUUUUUACUUUACUUUACGAUAAAAAAGGAUCACUAUUCUUGAAAAUUUUUCUACAGCUGGGGUCAAAUUUUUCCAAAUUUUGGCGGCGAGUGUAGAAUGGAAUAAAGUAUGAACUCAGAAUCAGAAACAUCGAAAAAAAAUAAAUAAAUAUGCAUAAUAGAAAAAAUUAAAUACUUUCUUUUUUAAAAAAAACUAAUUGUUAAUAUUUUCAAUAACGUUUUGUCGAUGUACUCGUAGAUCUUUACGAGUAUGGAAAAAAUUGAGAAAAUUAUGAGAAAGGUACUCCAGUUGAUCGAAUUAGAAAUUUAAGAUUUCAUUGGGCGUGAACAAAAAAUCCAACAUUUUUAAAAAUAUUGAUAUACUCGUAAAUGAGGAAAAUAGGUCUUAGAUUUUAAUUAAUCAUAAUGGUUCGUGAUUUGUGAACAGGGACCAAACAAAAGAUUGAAAGCACAUGCAAAAAUACCUCACCAACCAAAAUUCUGGGUACUCACAUAGAUUCAUUUUUCAAUUUUUGGCGAAUUUCCGAAAAUCAAAUUUUGGCCAAGAAACCGAAAUUGAAUUAAAAUUUUACGAGCUUCAGCUAAACUUUGAUGUAUAUCCAAUUUUCAACCUCUUAAAUUGAUCGAAAGCAGUUUCAAGCCUUUAUGAGCAGUUUAGAAGGCUCCAGUAAAUUUUUAGAAAUCAAAACUUACAAAAUCGCACUAACUCAAUUUUGAAAGCUGAUAGAUUUGGUAAGUACCACAUAUUUAACCCUACAAAUCGAUUGAAGCAGGUUUCUAGUCCGUUGGGGCUGUCAACCCCCCUCCCAGCCGUUUCUCAGUCGGAAUUUUUGGCAAAAUUUCACACAAGUCGACAAAACAGAAUACAGAAAAAAUUGGCGAUUCCCCUCUCCAAAAAAAAAAAAAAAAAUACCUGACGGUAAAAAAGAGGUGUUUUGAAAAAGAACACUCGAGGGAGGCGGGUCACCUUUACCCUUCUUUUUUUUACCCUGACGUAUUUUUGGAGGUAAAACAUGUCAAACGAUUUCCAAGAGUAGAUUUUGCCAGUUCAAAAUUACACAUUUCUUCAGCAAUAUCAUGGCAAAAAAAUUGAAAUAUGGUGCCAAAAUGACAGAAAACAAUUUCUAAAAAAAUUGCCCAAAAAUUGGUUAAAGGCUUCAAAACUGUUCAAAAAUACUGUAGGGCAAAAAAAAGGUACAUGUCAAAUUUCAGCUUUUUAGCUCUUCUUCUUCUUCAUCAUUCACUCGUAUCAGAGCAUCGUGACUACGGAGCCUUCCCAAUCAGCUGCCUCCAACCUUCUCUGUCUUUGGCCUGCCUAUAGUGGAUUCCCUAAGGGUGAGCCCUGUAGCCUUUUUGAUAAGGUCCGUAUACCUUGUGGGCGAUCUCCCGAACGACCUCUUUCCCUCUACUUGUCCCUGUACAGUCAGCUCCUCUAGGUUGUCUAUGUCCAAAAUAUCUCAGGAUCCUUUUUCUUACAAUGGUGUUGAGUCUAUCUUUCACACCUAGCUCUUCCAGUAUUGACCUGUUUGUUCUUUUCUUGGUCCAUGAGAUUCUAAGCAUUCGUCUAUAGCAAUACAUUUCAAAUGCAUCUAUCCAACUCUGGUAUGUUUUCUUCACUGUCCAUGUCUUGGAGGCAUAUAGGAAUAUUGAGAAUACAAGCGUUUUUACAAUC